AUGUCCAUCCUGAACCUCGCCAUCAUGUCCAACGACACAGAGAUCGUAAAGCUUGUCCUUGAAGAAGCCGCAGAAAACGCCAAGAAGUCUCCCAUCAAGGACACCGUGAUCAAGUACGCAACGCGCCCUCUAUGGACGAAAUGGUUCUCCUGGGCCGUAGGUAAGAACUAUCUCGGAAUUGCCAGACCGAUGCUGCUCGUGGGCGGUAUGACAAGCUACAUCAAUGAAGAAGACAGGUACCUAGACAAGUUGCUGCUGUUGGCGAUCGAGAGAUGUCGGGGCGCGGACAUGGCGGCGCUUUUGCUCGAGAAUGGUGCAGAUCCAGAAUUUUAUGAGAACGGCGACACUCCUCUGCAUCUUGCCGCGAAGAGAAACAACAAGGAGGCGACUAUCCACAGGGACGUGGACACGGUCAAGCUCUUCCUCCAGUCGCCGCGCCUCAACCUCAACCAACAAAAUCACUGGGGAGAGACUGCCCUCCACAAGAUCAUCUCAAAAGGAAGGCCGGAUAUCGCAGAGCUGAUGCUCACAUGGGAUGGCAUUGAAACCGAUCAACGGGGCUUCAAGGGACACACGCCGCUGAUGGUGUGCCUACUGAAAAUGGCCGGGGCCGCCGACAUGAGUCCGUACAUCCCGCUGUUCAAGAAGCUACUGAUUCGCGAGGGCAUCGAUAUGGAGACUUUCCGGAGAGGCUAUGCAACCAUUGUGUCGGAGCCUACUUCCCCCAUGACCACAGGCAAAGGGCUACACAUGACAGUACGCCAACAGCAAAUGAAAACAACCGGGUCUGGUAUCCCGUGA